CCCCCUCCUCAGCUCAGCCCCCUCCACACCCAUGAUGCGAAAGUUUGUUUUCCCCCUCAAAAGUCGUGAAAGCGUCGGCAACUGCGGAUCCGCACCAGCGUAUGCUGCUCCCCCGCAUCAACACGGCUGUUCUCCGCAUCCAUGGAUGCGUGUGACACCCCUCUACAACCCACUCGGAUGCGGAUCCGCAGGAGCUGUUUCCUUGCUCGUGUGAAGUGUGUAACUCGAGUGACGAAGCUGGCGUUGUCUGAGCGUGGCAUUCCAGGAGUCUCACGACAGCAUCUCGUUCUUCGACCUCCCUAUGGGGACGCAUGGAUGACGCCGCCGCGAUGCAGCGACGCGGGCGUGGCUCCGUCGGUGAGCCCUCGAACGCGGUUUGGAUAACAGCAUUUGCGGAGAGUGCAACUGCGGCUCACACUUCCUUGCGGUUCGGCUCCUCGUCGAUGUGUCCGCAUGGCGAAAGGAUCGUCGAGAGUUGUCGUGUACCGUCGGGGAGCCGGUGCGUCAUGUCUGUCGCCUGACCGUCUGAUGUCGAGAAAGCAUCAUCUCUUACGAAACGAGAGAGCUCCGGAGUCUGAUAUGCGGUGAGAAUUAUAAGACUGUCAAAAAUCCUUCUGACUUUGUUGGGUCUCUCUGGAGAAGACGGCAACUGUACAGAUCUCACGUGUCCUGCUGCUAGCAUUUGCCUCUUGCUUAACGGAACACUUCAAAGGAUACUAUAACCAUGGCCACACCUGCACAGAAAAAGAAGUUUGCGACCGAGCUGACGGACUAUGCGUCACGGCGUCAGACCACCGGCCCCUAUGCGGACAACCUCGACGUCGACGUCCUCAUCGUCGGUGGCGGAUUCGGGGGUGUCUUCAUGCUCAAGACCCUCCGGGAGAUGGGUCUACAGGCCGUCAUCUACGAAGCCGGCACGUCCUUCGGAGGCACCUGGCGGUGGAACCGAUACCCCGGCGCGCGCGUCGACUCCGAGGUCCCCGAAUACGAGUUCUCGUGGCCCGAGGUCUUUAAAGACUGGAGGUGGUCCACCAACUACCCCAACUUCCAGGAGCUACGGGCGUACUUUGACCAUGUCGACAGGGUGUUGAACCUGUCGAAAGAUUGCUCCUUUGAGACAGUCGUCGUCGGUGCUCAGUUCCAGCCCGCCGAAGGAAAAUGGCACAUCAAGACUGCCGACGGCCGCUUGGCCAAGAGCAAGUACUUCAUCGUCGCCGCUGGCUUUGCUUCUAAGCGAUACAUCCCGAACUGGCCCGGCGUCGAAAAGUUCCGAGGCGUCGUCCACCACUCCUCCUUCUGGCCCGAAGAAGACGUUGAUGUGAGCGGCAAGCGAUGCGCCGUCAUCGGCACCGGGGCUUCGGGCGUCCAGAUCGCGCAGGAAUGGGGCCAGGCCGUCGGCGAACGCGGCGAGCUGAAAGUCUUCCAGCGGACGCCGAACCUGGCCGUGCCCAUGGGCAAGCGGCCCCUGACGCCGCAAGAGCAGGACGCCGGCAAGACGUGGUACCCGCGCCUGUUCCAGCUCCGCGAGAAGUGCUUCGGCGGCUUCCUCUACAGCAUGGCGGAGCGGAACACGUUCGACGACUCCCCCGCGGACCGCGAGGCCUUCUACCGCGCGCUCUGGGACCACGGUGGAUUCCGGUACUGGCUCGGCAACUACCGGGACAUGCUCUUCGACGCCGACGCCAAUAAGGAGGCCUACAGCUUCUGGUCGCGCAAUGUCCGGGCGCGGAUCGGGGACGCGAGGAAGCGGGAGAUCCUGGCCCCGACGGUCGACAAGAUGCCGCACUUCUUCGGCGUCAAGCGACCAUGCCUGGAGCAGAACUACUACGAGCAGUUCAACAAUUGUUGUUGUUGUUGUUGUAUUUUACGCCAUGGCGGCAAGAGCGCAACCGCCCUUGCGGCAGACCUCCCGAAGGGUAUGUGGCGUGGAGAGCCGUAGGCCUAUAACUACCACUAGAUACAGUCCAAAUCGUCCUCCAAGUCGUGCCUAGAGGCAACUAUGUGUUCGAGCUGUCUCUGGGUGCCGCUGGCUUGCCCGAGACAGUGCUCUGGUCGUCCCUAAACCGCGAUUCCGCCGGUAUUUCCUCUCCUUCGACCCAGAGCCCGCAGGCUGCUGGUUUACACAACGUCCCAGUAGCCGUCCGAAGCAUAUCGUGAUAGGUUAUACCGCCACGAGGGAAACCACAAGGGGCGAAACCUCGUGAGGAUAGGUUGUAGGGUUUGCUGUUAGGCUCUGUAACAAGCACAGCCGUGUAUUACCGUGGCUAUACACAGCAACCCUAGUGUCUGUUUGUCUUUUCGAGGG